AUGGCUCCUGUCACCAAAGUUCACAAGACCACAGCCAGUGCAACUAGGCCUUCGUCACGAGAUAAUGAUUCAUAUAACCAUGUCGAUGUCUACCUACAAAACACGCAAAGUCUGGACACAACCACAAUCACUCCUGCUCUGGAUCCCUACGUUGACGAUAGUGACCGCUACUCCUACACUUCCUUGAAGCGCAAGCGUUCGUUGUCGUCUCCAGGCACUCCACUACUUCUGGCUGGCAUGGAAAGCGACUCUUCUUCAGAUUGUGGCUUCCUCAAACUUAGUCCAAUGCACAAAGAUCCGCUACCUGUGGCUCUUACCAUUGAAGUUCCGCCCGGUCAUGAAGGUCCUUUGGUUGUAAAUCUCGACAUCAACUCGUUACUCGCCCAGGCACAAUCGCAGAUACGUCCGCUUCCUUCAUAUUUGUCUCCUCGCUCCCAAUCAUGUGCGGAUUCAGGUUACUCGAGUACAUCGAGUGUUGCCUCCGAGAUCAGCAAGCCCAACACAACCUCAAAGCGCAGUUUCCUAGAUCUACCCGCAGAGAUCCGCAAUCAAAUCUAUCGGCUGGCCUUUGUUUCGGAAGAGAAGCUGGACUUUGCACAUCCCAGCAACUUUAGCCGUUCUUCAUCAUUACUUCAAACCUGUCGACAAGUACACGAUGAAGGUCGCAGCAUUCUGUACUCCGAAAACACUUUUUACUUUCAGCGCCGUAAGAAGGAGCAAGCUGUUCGUUGGACUACAGACGUAUACGAAGUUGGCUACAGAGACAUCCGUUGUUUUCUCAGAAGCAUUGGUCUUGCCAAUGUCAGUCUGCUCCGACGGUUGAUUAUCAUGCUUGAAGAUGCCCAGCCUUCCAUGAACACUCAUCUCAAGGAUGCAGAUGAGCGUAGAUUCACGAACGACGAUGAGUUGAUGGACACUUUACGUGUACUGGGUGACCACACCAUGCUCAAGACUCUGGAUCUCUGCUUCCAAGGAAGACGGAUGUUCUACAACAAGGACGAGUCCCGAUUUAUCGAGCUUCUUACUCGGAUCAAGGCAGACCAAGUCAAGUGCAUUAACAAUCCUGAUACCCCCUUCUCCAAUUGGAAAGGACUUUCAAAGAUUGCCUCGGCGGACGCAGGCCGUCUCGUUCAUGAGAUGACGAGACGAGUCACAAUCUUCCGUUGA